AUGAAAGAGGUGGUGAAAAAAAGAACAUUUUUGCAUGAUGCAGUGGACAUGGUAUCGAUGGGAAGCCACACACUUGAGAAUGACGACUUCACAAGAUGCUUCCAACCAGUGUCGACAAUAGAAAUGGACACGAGUGGGAUAUUCUACACAUUCUCCUUUGUGAUAAGAUACUUCAUCCUAUUUCCAAUAAGAUUGGUAUUCCUUGCCCUCUGCGUGAUGAUUUUUCUGCUGAUGGUACUUAGGGCGGCGUUUACAAAGAAGAGCAUUCAUCUGGAGAGCGCACUGAUGUUUGCAGCGAAAUCUCUAACGCUUGCAAUGAAUGCAAGGAUAAAACAUCUUGGAGAAAAGAAGAAGCUUUCCGAGCCCCACAUAUAUGUUGCAAACCAUACAUCAUUUGUGGAUCUCUUCCUCCUUAGUAGCCACAGGUUUCCCCACGCAUGUGUUUCCGAAAGGCACGGAGGACUGUUUGGAUUUCUAUUCAAGUCGAUUUUAAUAAGAAAUGGAUCGAUUGCAUUCAAAAGAAGCGAGAAGAUCGAUAGGCAGCUGGUUGUGGAGAAGGUCAAGGAACAUGUGUGGUCUGGGGGUGCGCCCAUGCUGAUUUUUCCCGAGGGGACAUGCGUCAAUAAUAAGUUUUCAGUGCUGUUCCAGAAAGGACCUUUUGAGCUUGGGGUGGCUGUGUGUCCUGUCGCAAUAAGAUUCCAAAGAAGGCUCUUUGAUCCCUACUGGAACAGAAGAAGCCAUGGAUUUACCAUGCAUAUGUUCUAUCUCAUGACCAGGUGGAGGCUUGAAGCCGAAAUCACAUGGAUGGAGCCAGUCCGCAUAAUGAAAGACGAGACUUCCACACAGUUUUCUCAUAGAGUCAAGACCAUCAUUUCCAAGGAGGCAGGACUGAGGAACACCCUGUGGAACGGCUUCCUCAAGAGCAGUCCGGCCAUCAAGGACAGAGAGAUUCUGGGGGAAUCCUAUUUAAUAACAUAUGGAAGGGUUGUGUCAAAUUCGUUGGAUAGAACCAAUGCUCUUGAUGCAGAGCUGGGGAAGUUCUAUCUAUGCGACGACAACAUCGACUCUUCAUCGCUAAGAAGCCAUUGCUACUUUGGACCCAUGAUACCCUACAAGAAAUUUCUGAAUGAGGUUUUGAAGGAGUACCUAAGGCUCAAGGGACUUCCCCAAACAGAACUAAAGUUUUUGUUGGCCAACCAUAAAAGCAAGGGCGACUCUCUUGGAGACCGUCAAAGAAAAACAUUCUGCAGCUGCGGGGCCAAGAAAGAAUCGGAGAAGGGAGGCUUCAGGAAAAGACGAAACAGGCCAUUUAUAUUUUGUAAAUACGAAAGUUAUGCAAGCCGUGGUCUAGGAUAA